AUGAGUGCUCGGACUGACGUUGCCCGACGAGUCCUGUUGUGCGCCACCACUGGGCUGCUGAACUCGUCGGACAAAGUCUGUCCAAAGACUCGUCGGACUGGCUUGUCCGACGAGUUAGUUUAUGCAGUGUCUUCAGAAAACAAGAAGAUCGUCAUCAUCUGGAAGGUCAUCAAUAAGGAUCUCGAUGCUUUUAAAGCUGAAGUAAUCAGGGGAAUCAAGAGCGAGGAGGACAAAUUUCUUGGUUUUUUUGUCGAACAUCAAGAGAAUGCCCGAAAUAUCUUCUGGAACGUUGUUAUCCCAUUUGGAGGAGCCUUUGCAGGUAACCACAAAAGACGACUCGACUCCGUGGAAACAUUCAAGGACUUUCUUCUCGUUGCCGAAGGGACCUCCGAGACCCGAAAGAUUGUUUGUCGCUUGGUACAAAAAGACCCAAAGGACAUUGCAAAGGUGUGUUUUCUUAACUUCACUUUGUGA